ACUACUGGAAGCCACGGGAAAUCCUACGAGCAUGGCACCCAAGGAGAGGCCUCUUGCUUCGAAGGGAGGAGGAACAGACUCUUCUCGGUAUCGCUCAGCGGCACGCAACGAAACCCCUCGUCUGACUCGCCACCAGCCGUUGGAUGAUCAGUACGAGCGCCAGAGACGCCCUGUCGGAGCACCUCCGCGAAGACGCAUCAAGUCCAGCCGCGCUUCUGGCCGUUCCAAGGGGGUUUCGCAGUCCGAGUCGACCUACUCUGAUGUUUAUUCGGCCUCACAACGCUGCCAAUCUGUCUGCUGUGAUUCGUCGGGAGAUGGGAUUGUCACAUCUUCCUUGUAUGAGAGCUCGUCGGCAGCCUUCACCCAGAGCCGGUUUCAGCUCACUCCCGAAUCGCAUUCGGGUUAUCAGGAGGAAGAGACUUCUCUUGCACAGCCUGCAGUACUCCGGCAAGAUUUUGAGUCGGAGAUCUCGGAUAGCACCAUCACCGCAGUCACCCACGAAAGGUCACGCCGUGGAAAGCAUGCGGCGCAUCGUCAUCGCCAGGAUACCAGACGGGACACCAAGCGCGACAGAAACGAAACAUCUUGCGACUAGGCGUCCGAGAUUUCUGUUCAUAUUGACGACAACACCGAUGGUUUUUAUUGCUUGG